AUGGUGAUGAUAAAGGUGACGGUGGUAACUAUGAGUGGUUUUGAGUUUGAUGAUGACAGUUGUAACUGUGAUGGUGAUGAGUCUGAUGAUGAUGAUGUGGUUAGUGUCAUUAAUUGUGAUUCCUGUGACGAUGAUUUUGAUGAUGGUAAUGGCAAAAAUACUGCUGAUGGUUUGUUUAUCAUAGAUAAUAGUUAUCAUAGUGAAUGCGAUCAUGAUGAUUAUUGUGGUGAUGCUGAUGAUAUUGAUGAUGGCGAUGAUGAUGGUGAUAGUGAUAACAAAGAUGCUGAUGAUGAUGGUGGUGUUAACGGCAAUUGCUAUGAUGGUGGUGAUCAUGAUUAUGACGAAGAUGUAGUAAAUAAAGAUGAUGUUGCUGCAGGUAAUGAUCAUGAAAAUCUUGAUGUUGGUGAAGGUGAAGAAGAUGCCGAUGAUAAUGGUGAUAAUUUAAACAGUUCUGCAGCUGAUGAAGUUUUUGGUGAUGGUUAUGACUGUGAAGUUGGUGAUUAUGAUUAUGAAGAAGCUGAUGUAAAUAAAGUUAAGGCAAUAUAUUUAAAAUCUUAUGGUGCCAUGCUGGUUAUAAUUAAUGUGAUUAAUGAUAAUUUUGGCGCUGAUAUUGGUAACGAUAGAAAUGACAGUAACAGAGUGUAUGAAUGUUACAGUGGUGAUGGUUUCGCUUAUUGUGAUGAUAAUACUUUUGGUGAUGAUGGUGGUAACAGUGAUUAUGAAGAUAUUGACAGUAAUUUUGAUGCAAAAGAUGAUAAAGGCAACAAUCCUGAUGGCGAUGAUGGAUUACUAAAUAAAAGGUAUGGUAAUGGUAAUAUACUCAAUGACUGCGGUGAUUGUGAUUUUCGAGUUGGUGAUGGUGGUAUACGUGAUAAUGACAGCGAUGUUGAUUAUAAAUGUGGUGAUGGCAAAAGUGCUGAUAAUGAUUCUGAUCAGAAUAAUGCUGAUGGUGGUAGUGACAGUAUUCGAUGUGAUGAUGGUGAUAAUGUUUAUUAUAAAGAUGUUGAAGAUAAAGAUAAUUCUGCUGUAUGUACCGAUAAUAACGAUUAUGUUUAUAAUUGUAAUGAUGUUCAUAACGUUGGUGAUGGUGAUGGUCAUGUUGGUGGUGGCAAUAAUGAUUGGGAUGAUCCUGAUAAUGAUAGUUAUGAAAAUGUCCGGACUGCAGGUGGUGAUAAUGAUAAUGAUGGUGAUUGUCUUGAAGGUGAUAUUAUUGCUGAUGAUAUAUUUCACGUAAGACACCAUCCAUUUGAUUAUAGUGGUGAUAAGUUUCAUGAUGUUGAAUAUAAUGGCGAACGUGAUGUUGUUGAUGUUGGGGAUGGUUAUGAAUAUGGUUAUGGUAUUUAUGAUGAAGAUAACGAAGAUGAUGGUGAUGACGGUACUAGUAACUUACAGAGUGCUGAUAUGUGCUCCAUAGGCUGGUAUGUGCUGCCGAGGGCUUAUAUGUGUUUCCGUGGGCAGAUAUCCAGCGGAGGUCUUAUAAGUUUAGCCGAGUGCUGA